AUGUUGGGAAUUGCAGAGUUUUUUAUAGGUCUCGUAGUAUGUCUCCUGCUUUUGCAGUUCCUGAGGCUGCACUGGAUGCGCACCCAGCUUCCUCCAGGACCAGCUCCCCUCCCCGUCAUCGGAAAUUUGUGGCUGCUGGGCUUCAAACUUCGUCGAGAAACUCUUGCUAAGUUAACCAACACCUACGGAAAUAUCUACACCCUGUGGCUGGGACAGAUACCUGUGGUUGUACUGAACGGGUACAAAGCAGUAAAAGACGGCAUCGUCACCCACUCCGAGGAAAUCUCUGGGAGACCUCUCACCCCCUUCUACAGGGAUAUGAUGGGCGAGAAAGGUAUUUUUCUGACCAGCGGGCACACCUGGAAGCAACAGAGGCGCUUUGGCAUGACAAUUCUAAGAAGCCUGGCACUCAGUAAGAACAAUUUGGAGCUUCAAAUUCAAACAGAGGCCUGUCAGCUUGUGGACAUCUUUGCAAACACAAAAGGCAAACCCUUCGACCCCCACACUUCCAUUGUCCACACUAUCGCAAAUAUAAUUUGUGCUGUUGUUUUCGGUCACCGCUUCUCCAGCGACGACGAAUCUUUCAGCAAGCUUAUCAAAGCUGUUUAUUUUGUGAUCUACUUUCAAGCUACUAUCUGGGGCAGGAUGUACGACGCCUUUCCACGGCUUAUGCACCAUCUCCCAGGACCUCAUCAGAAAGUGUUUGCGUACAACGACUUCCUGCACAAUUUAGUCAGGAAGGAGGUCCAGGCACAUGAGAGACAGAACGCAAGUAACCCACCGGACCUCAUCGACUUCUACCUAGCUCAAAUAACAAAAACCAAAGAUGACCCUUCUUCUACGUUUAAUAAAGAAAAUAUGGUUCAGACUGUGGUUGAUCUUUUGCUGGGAGGGACAGAAACAACAAGCACCACCCUUCUCUGGGCACUGCUCUAUAUGGUCCAAUACCCAGAAAUACAAGAAAAGGUUCAAAGAGAGAUAGAGGGUGUUCUGGAACCCUCGCAUCUCAUCAGCUACGACGACCGUAAAAAACUGCCAUAUACAAACGCUGUGAUACACGAGGCUUUGCGGUACAGCAACGUUACGUCCGUCGGGGUCCCUCGGCAAUGUGUGAGGAAUACAACUUUGCUGGGUUUUCACAUUAAAAAGGGCACACUCGUGCUGCCAAACCUGCACUCCGUUGUGUACGACCCCGAGCACUGGGCAACCCCUUGGAAGUUCAACCCAAAUCAUUUCCUGGACUCGGAUGGCAACUUUGUGACCAAAGAGGCGUUCUUACCUUUCUCAGCAGGGCACCGCGUAUGUUUGGGGGAACAGAUGGCACGAGUUGAACUGUUCAUCAUCUUUACCAACCUGCUUCGGGCAUUCACAUUCCAGCUCCCCAAGGGAGUAAAGGAAAUCAAUUUGGAGUACAUCUUGGGUGCAAUACUGCAGCCACACCCAUAUAAACUCCGUGCUAUUCCACGCUAG